ACAGUCCCUUUUUUUCUGUUCAUUGCUUCUGUUUCUCUCUGCUGCACCAAAAGCUCGUUUCCUUUGCAAUUGCAACUGUUCAGUUUCAUAAACAUUUAGCAAAUUCAUUCGUUCUCUCAUUACCCAUCAUUAUUAUUGCGUCAGCAUGUCUCAGACUAACUGGGAAGCUGAUAAGAUGUUAGAUGUUUAUAUCCAUGAUUACCUAGUGAAGAGGGAUUUGAGAGCUUCAGCUGAGGCCUUUCAAGCUGAAGGAAAAGUGUCCUCCGACCCUGUUGCUAUUGAUGCCCCUGGAGGGUUUCUGUUCGAGUGGUGGUCGGUUUUCUGGGACAUAUUUAUUGCCAGGACUAAUGAGAAACACUCAGAGGUUGCUGCAUCUUAUAUCGAGACACAAUUAAUUAAGGCCAGAGAGCAACAGCAGCAGCAGCAGCAACAACAGCAACAGCAGCAGCAGCCACAGUCUCAGCAGUCACAACAUCAACAACAGCAGCAGCAGCAGCAACAACACAUGCAAAUGCAACAGAUGAUGUUACAGAGGCAGCAGCAGCAACAGCAGCAGCAGCAACAACAGCAACAGCAACCACCGCCACAACAUCAACAGCCACCACCACAGCAACAGCAGAGUAGGGAUAGGGCACAUCUUUUAAAUGGUGGUACGAAUGGGUUAGUUGGAAACCCUAGCACGGCAAAUGCAUUAGCAACAAAGAUGUAUGAGGACAGGUUGAAACUGCCCCAUCAAAGGGACUCUUUGGAAGAUGCAGCAAUGAAGCAAAGAUUUGGUGACCAACUCUUGGACCCAAAUCAUGCCUCAAUAUUGAAGUCAUCAGCAGCUGCUGGCCAGCCUUCAGGGCAAGUUUUGCAUGGUUCUGCUAGUGCAAUGUCUCCACAAGUUCAAGCUCGUAGUCAGCAAUUACCAGGGUCUACUCCGGAUAUAAAGAGUGAGAUUAAUCCUGUUUUAAAUCCCAGAGCUGCGGGUCCGGAAGGAUCGUUGAUGGCAAUGCCUGGGCCAAAUCAAGGUAGCAACAAUUUGACUUUGAAAGGGUGGCCUCUCACAGGCUUGGAGCAACUACGUUCUGGUCUACUUCAACAACAGAAACCUUUCAUACAGGCCCCACAGCCUUUUCAUCAACUUCCAAUGUUGACAGCACAGCAUCAGCAACAGCUAAUGCUAGCAACUCAAAAUUUGGCAUCUCCAUCUACCAGUGAUGAUAGUAGAAGAAUCAGAAUGUUGCUGAAUAGUAGAAAUAUGGGUGUAAGUAAGGAUGGUCUUUCGAAUCCUGUUGGUGAUGUAGUAUCAAAUGUUGGAUCACCUCUUCAAGCAGGUGGCCCUACUUUUCCCCGUAAUGAUACAGAUAUGCUAAUGAAGUUGAAACUGGCUCAGUUACAGCAUCAACAACAGCAGAAUGCCAAUCCACAACAGCAGCAACUUCAACAGCAUACUCUUUCAAAUCAACAAUCUCAGACUUCCAAUCAUAACAUGCAUCAGCCUGAUAAAAUAGGGGGUGGUGGUGGUAGUGUCAAUGUGGAUGGUAGCAUGUCACACUCCUUCAGAGGAAACGAUCAGACUGGGAGAAAGAGAAAACAGCCUGCAUCUUCUGGUCCUGCCAAUAGUUCAGGAACAGCAAAUACAGCUGGCCCUUCUCCUAGUUCAGCACCCUCAACUCCCUCAACACAUACACCUGGUGAUGUGAUGUCCAUGCCUGCUUUACCUCAUAGUGGUAGUUCUUCAAAGCCUUUAAUGUUUGGCUCUGAUGGGGGUGGAACUCUCACGUCACCUUCAAACCAGUUGGCUGACAUGGACCGUUUUGUGGAGGAUGGAUCUCUUGAUGACAAUGUUGAGUCUUUUUUAUCCCAUGAUGAUACAGACCCUAGAGAUACUGUUGGUCGUUGUAUGGAUGUAAGCAAAGGUUUAACAUUUUCUGAAAUGAAUUCUGUACGUGCAAGCACUAACAAGGUUGUCUGUUGCCAUUUCUCUUCUGAUGGGAAAUUGCUUGCAAGUGGUGGCCAUGACAAAAAGGCUGUUUUAUGGUUCACAGAUUCUCUAAAACAGAAAGCUACUCUUGAAGAGCAUGUAUCUUUAAUCACUGAUGUCCGUUUCAGUCCAAGCAUGCCUCGUCUUGCAACAUCUUCAUAUGACAAAACUGUCAGGGUUUGGGAUGUUGAGAAUCCUGGGUAUUCACUUCGCACCUUUACGGGGCAUUCUUCACCUGUUAUGUCACUAGAUUUUCACCCUAAUAAAGAUGAUCUUAUCUGCUCUUGUGAUGUUGACGGUCAGAUACGAUAUUGGAGCAUUAAAAAUGGCAGUUGUCCUACAGUCGCACAGGGUGGCACCUCUCAGAUGAGAUUUCAACCUCGUCUAGGGAGGUACCUAGCUGCAGCUGAAAAUAAUGUUGUCUCUAUACUUGAUGUGGAGACACAAGCAUGUCGAUAUUCACUAAAGGGACAUACAAAAUCAAUACAUUCUGUGUGUUGGAACCCUUCUGGGGAGUUCUUGGCAUCUGUCAGUGAGGACUCUGUCAGGGUUUGGACUCUUGGAAGUGGGAGUGAAGGGGAAUGUGUUCAUGAGCUUAGUUGUAGUGGCAAUAGGUUCCACUCCUGCGUUUUCCAUCCAACAUAUUCUUCACUGUUGGUCGUUGGCUGUUACCAGUCAUUGGAGCUUUGGAACAUGACUGAAAACAAGACAAUGACUCUAUCUGCUCACGAUGGUCUUAUUGCUGCUUUGGCCGUUUCAACUGUAAAUGGCUUGGUUGCUUCAGCCAGUCAUGACAAGUUUGUCAAGCUUUGGAAGUGACCUGGUUGUGUGUUGUUCAAUACAGUUUGUUUUAUCAGUGUUUAUAACAUGCUUGUAGUUUAUGUUCCCUUUUGUGUUGCUUGAUCAACCCACCCUUCCCCUUUUGUCAUUUGGUAUAUUUGAUUUUCAAUGUAACCAUAGAUACUAACCCUUGUAAUAUUGUAAUCCUUGUUAUUUCCUGUUUCAUUAUUGUUUUCUUGGAGAUUUCUGCUCUUGUAUCAUCCACACUGGCUAUUAAUGUUCUGUACUUUCUUUCCGAAUGUUAUACUUAUAUUUGGGAAGUAAGAGGAAAAGAAAGAGAAGAAAAAACAAGUAGAUUUUGAUGUUGUACGGUUCAAAUUAACAGGGUACACAAGAAAGAAAAGUUGAAAAAAAUAUUUUGUAAUAUUUAAUAUUUAAAAGAUAGCAAGUAUAAUAACUAUUAUUAAUAUUGUUCUAUUGUAUUAAAUAAAAUAAAAAAUGGAUUAUAAAAUUCAAAAUUUUAACUAAUUUUAAAU